UUUGCAAAAGAAGAUGUGAGCAGGGCCAGUGUCUGGGUGGGGAAAUGCUCCGAAGGCGCAGGGGAGCGACCGCAGCGCUCACGGAAAAUGAACGAGUCGCUCCAGCCCGGCAGGAUGCUGCUCCCCCUGCUCUGCCCCCAGCGCUGCCGGCCCCUCCGCUGCCUCCUGCGGGCCCUGUCCCGCUGCCCACAGCAUGGGAGCAGGGCUGGCUGUCCCCACAGGGCUCUGCACACAGCCUGGGCCCCCUGCAGCAGUGACAUCACCCCCGUGUUCACCAGGGCCCCGGCGUUUGGGGACAAAGUGGCCAUCGUGGACCGGAACGGGGAGCACACGUACAGGGACCUGCUGAGCCGCAGCCUCCGCCUGUCCCGGGAGAUCUGCAGCGUCCUGCAGUGCCCCAGCAGGGACCUGAAGGAGGAGAGGAUCUCCUUCCUGUGCCCCAACGAUGCCUCCUACGUGGUGGCCCAGUGGGCUGCGUGGAUGAGCGGGGCCAUAGCGGUGCCCCUGUACAGGAAGCACCCUGUGCCCGAGCUGGAGUACGUGAUCCAGGACUCCCAGAGCGCCCUGCUCAUCACAGCCGAGAAGUUCCUGGGCAAAAUAACCCCCAGUGCCCAGAAACUGGGAGUCCCUGUGCUGCCCCUUCCCAGCUCUGGGGCUGGUGGAUCCGCUGCAGCCACGGAGGAGGGGCCCUUGCCGAGCUGUUCCUCGUGGAAGGACAGAGGAGCCAUGAUCAUCUACACCAGCGGGACCACGGGGAGGCCCAAGGGUGUGCUCAGCACCCACGAGAACGUGCAGGCUGUGACCACGGGGCUGGUUGAGAAGUGGGAGUGGAAGAAGGAGGAUGUGAUCCUGCACGUGCUGCCUCUGCACCACGUCCACGGGGUGAUCAACAAGCUGCAGUGCCCGCUGUGGGUGGGAGCCACGUGCGUCAUGUUCCCGGAAUUCAGCGCGCACACGGUGUGGAAGAAGCUCCUGAGCUCCGAAGCUCCCCGUGUCAAUGUGUUCAUGGCAGUGCCCACCAUCUACGCCAAGCUGAUGGAAUAUUAUGAUGAGCAUUUCACCCAGCCCCAGGUGCAGGAUUUCGUGCGUGCCUAUUGCCAGGAGAACAUCAGGUUAAUGGUGUCAGGCUCAGCAGCCCUGCCUGUGCCUGUCCUGGAGAAGUGGAAGAGCAUCACAGGGCACACCUUGCUGGAGAGGUAUGGGAUGACUGAGAUUGGCAUGGCGCUUUCUAACCCUUUGCAUGGAGUCCGAGUGCCAGGUUCUGUGGGCACCCCCCUGCCCGGCGUGGCCGUGCGCAUCGCCAGCGAGACCCUGAGCAGCGGUGCCCGCUCCUACAGCAUCCACGCCCAGGGCGAUGAGAACAGCACACAGGUGACGCCGGGCCUGGAGGGACAGGAGGGGGAGCUGCAGGUGAAGGGGCCCUCGGUGUUCCGUGAGUACUGGAACCGACCCAAGGAGAGCGCGGACGCCUUCACGCCCGACGGAUGGUUCCGGACAGGUACGGGGACACGGACAGCAGCGGGAGCAGUGCCUUGGCACAGGGACAGGGACAGGGACAGCAGCUCAGGGUGGCUGGGAGGGCUUGGAGAGAGCUGGGAGCGCAGGCUGGAUGUGCUUCCAUGCCAGCCUCGGCCAUGGUGAAUCACCGAGUGAUGGGGGGCUGUUUGGGGUCCUUUGCUCUAUAAUACCGCUGCUUAAUGUUUUCCUGGGAAUUCAGCUUUGCAGACAGGUGGGAUUUGUCUCAAUUUACACAGGGAUUGUGUCUCAGAAUCAUUAACCACCAACUAGAGCCCCCUGAGAGGAGGGUGCGGCCAGGUGGGGGUUGGGUUCCACUUCCAGGCUUCCAGUGAUUUGAGGAAAUGGCCUCAGGCUGUGCCAGGGGAGGCUCAGGUGGGAUAUCAGCAGGAAUUUCAUAAUGGGAAGGGCUGUUCAUUGGCAGGGGCUGCCCAGGGAGCUGCUGCAGUCUCCAUCCCUGGAGGUAUC